AUGCAAGAUUAUGAUUCUGCUUUGGAGUCAUGUCAACAGGCACUUGAUAUCAGACUAAAGCUUUAUGGAUGCAACCAUUCAGAUACCGCCGACAGCUAUUACCAGAUUGGAAGAGGGCAACUUGAGAAAGGAGAUUACAAGUCAGCACUGCAAUCGUUCGAGCAAGCACUUGAUAUCAGUCAAAACGUUCAUGGGAAAAUCCACCCAGACGUUUCCUCCGCUUGUAGUCAUAUUGGAGUGACAAAGUAUCGCUUGAAAGAGUACGAUUCAGCUCUGCAUUGGCACCAGCAAGCUCUGGAUAUUAGCGUGGCGCUCUACGGAAAGGAACACCCAGACUGCGCUAGAAGCUACUACUGCAUUGCAGCAUGUCAGUACGAAAUGCAAGAUUAUGAUUCUGCUUUGGAGUCAUGUCAACAGGCACUUGAUAUCAGACUAAAGCUUUAUGGAUGCAACCAUUCAGAUACCGCCGACAGCUAUUACCAGAUUGGAAGAGGGCAACUUGAGAAAGGAGAUUACAAGUCAGCACUGCAAUCGUUCGAGCAAGCACUUGAUAUCAGUCAAAACGUUCAUGGGAAAAUCCACCCAGACGUUUCCUCCGCUUGUAGUCAUAUUGGAGUGACAAAGUAUUGCUUGAAAGAGUACGAUUCAGCUCUGCAUUGGCACCAUCAAGCUCUGGAUAUUAGCGUGGCGCUGUAUGGAAAGGAACACCGAGACUGCGCUAGAAGCUACUACUGCAUUGCAGAAUGUCAGUACGAAAUGCAAGAUUAUGAUUCUGCUCUGGAGUCAUGUCAACAGGCACUUGAUACCAGGAUAAAACUCUUUGGGCAGGAUAACGAAGCUAGAAGCGACAGUUAUGUCCAACUGGAAUUUAUACGAAGUCUAAAGAAAGUUUGCGAAUCAUCUCGCGAGCUACAGAGCAAAAAUUGUUGA